AUGAACGGCUCUCUACCUUCUCAAACCACGGUCUGCGUAGUAGGUGGUGGGCCAGUAGGCCUUGCAUCCUCCGUUCUCUUAUCCUUACAGAACAUCCCACACGUUCUCUUUGAGCGACAGCCCGGAACAGCGAUACAUCCAAAAGCGGUCGGUAUCAAUCAGCGGACGGUCGAGAUCUUCCGGCAGAUUGGUAUCGACGAGGAAGUGCUGCGCCAGAGCGGCCCGGUCGAAAGCUGUACACAGACUGCGUGGUUUACCAGCCUUGGACCGAAAGGCCGAGAGAUCGCCCGAAGGCACGCUUGGGGCGGCGGCCCGUACGCAGAGAGAUAUGCCCAAGCCAGUCCAUGUCGCUACGUGGGCUUGCCUCAGAUACGACUGGAGCCUAUACUACGCAAGCGAGCCGAGGAGCUGAACCCAAGCGGUGUCUACUGGUCGCAUGAAGUGGACGAUGUAGCCGAGGACGUUGACGGCGUCACAGUGUCAUUCCACGAUCGUAUCAGCAAGCAGUCCGGCCAGAUUCGAUGUAGUUACGUGCUCGGUUGCGAUGGAGGGCGGUCAUUGACAGACAAACUCGGCAUUCAUUACAGGGGCGAAAGUGACAUAGUCGACAUGGUGGCCGCUCACUUCCGCGCACCGAUCAGCGAGUUCAAUAUGAAAAGUCAUUUUAUCUCGUGGUUCAUCAAUCCAGAUAUGGGCGGCAGUAUCAAAACUGGCUACCUCUAUCAUCUCGGACCCUACCCGAUGAAACCAGAGACGGAGGAGUGGAUGUUCGGGUGCGCUCGUCUGCCGCAUGAGAUGGCGCACCCAUUCACCAAAGUGGACAUGCUUGAUCGACUGCAUCGAACGUUAGCAAUUCCCGACUUAUCGACCGAGCUAAUCAGCCUCAGUCAUUGGUUCGUAAACGCAAAGGUAGCCACGCAAUACCGAUCGAAAGGCGGCCAAGUCUUCCUGGUGGGCGAUGCUGCUCACAGAGGCGCACUAGGCAUGAAUACUGGUAUUCAAGAUGCACAGAACUUGGUCUGGAAGCUCGCUCUUGCUUUACGCCACCCGAAGCAGAACUUUGACGGCUUGCUCUCCAGUUACGACAGCGAGCGGCGGCCCCUAGGUGAGCGGGUGGCCAGGAAUGCGCUGUACAAUAUGCGCGCACAUCCUGAUGUGCUUGACCGGGCUCUGGGUGUCUCAUUUGAGAAGACACCAGCGGAGAACUGGGUCGCGAUGAAUCAAUACUUCGAUGCGGAUGACUCGGAGGCAGGAAAGGCGAAGAGACAGGCGGUGAAGGAUGCGCUGGAGGUUCUUGAUGUGGAAUUCUACGCCCAUGGAACCGAAGUGGGAUGGUAUUACGAGCUGCCGUACGCCAGGAAGGGAUCUGAGCAGGCGUACAAAAGCCCGCAGCUAAAAUUCAAUGGCGAGAUGGAGCCUUGCAUCUACCAUCCCUGCGCUCUACCUGGUCAUCAGCUGCCUCACGCAUGGCUCAUUCAACCAAACGGCGAACGGAAGUCCACGCGAGAGCUGACAAGGCAGGAUCAACUAGUCCUGUUCGCUAUGUCAGAUGCAUGGGAGCGGUUUCAGCAUGAUCUCGUGCACGUCGUGCUCAUCGAUGGUCUGCACGGGCGAUGGCGGGCUGAAGAUGGCAGUUGGGGGGAGCAGAGUAAGCUGGGCCCAGAAGGAGCGGUUUUGGUGCGCCCCGAUAACAUUGUUGCAUGGCGGUUCGAGGAUGAUGGCGUCCUUGGGGAGGCUAACGUUCAGGCCAGCAUUGAGGCGGUCAUUCGGAAGGUGCUUGUUCUUCUAUAG